AGAGAGGGGACAGGAUGAGGCGGGAAGAGGAGGACGAGGACGGAAACAGGGUGAAGGCCAAAGGGCACUUGGCGGAGAAGGAGGAGGCGGGGAUCAGCGAGACGGGAGGGCCGGCCGGCCCCCUCGCCAGUGCCACGCCCGGCCCGCCGCCCCCCCACAAGGGCACUCGGUUUUCCGAGGCCUGGGAGUACUUCCACCUGGCCCCUGCCCGCGCCGGGCACCACCCCAACCAGUAUGCCACCUGCCGCCUGUGUGGCAGGCAGGUGAGCCGGGGCCCGGGGGUUAACGUGGGCACCACGGCCCUCUGGAAGCAUCUGAAGAGCAUGCACAAGGACGAGCUGGAGAAGAGUGGCCACGGCCAGGCUGGGCAGCGUCCGGACCCCCGGGCUCCGGGGCCGCAGCUCCCCACGGGUAUUGAGGGCGACUGGGCCCGGCUCCUGGAGCAGGUGGGGGCCCUGGCCUUGUGGGCCAGCCAGAGGGAAAAGGAGCUUCUGAGGAGGGAGCGCGCGGUGGAAUGGCGGGAGCGCGCGGUGGAGAGGCGGGAGCGCGCCCUGGAGGAGGUGGAACGGGCCAUCCUGGAGAUGAGGCGGAAGGUGCGGGCCGAGAAGGAGGCCUGCCAGAGGGAGAAAGACCAGGCCGGGGCCGCUCACCCCUUCCAUUUUGUUUAAACGGGGCUUGGGGGAAGUUUAUUCUGAAAACACUGACUUUAGACCCACAGCAAAAAUGUCCUUUUAGUUCCUGCUUAAAUAUACCGCAAAGUAGCUUGGUAGGAUUUUAAGAGAAAGAAUAGUAUGGGUUAAUCUUAGCAGGUCUGAAUUGGCCAAAUGCUUAUCUAAGGUUCCUUAGAAUAGCACUCACCAAAACUUUAAACUGUAUUAACCAUGGGUCUGUGAGUUAUUUGGGGGCAGAAUGCACCAGCCUGUCAGCCUCAGUGAGUGAAAAUAAUGGAAUUUAUGCCUAGUACUUGGUUUUGGUGGAGCUGAAGGUUUUGAUGGUUGAGACUGGAUGGGUGGCUGGAAUAUGCCUAUGUGGCCAACUCAUUCUGGAGACCCCAUGAUGAGCAGAGCUCAAGUUUCCUGGGACAGAAGUGUUUGCACACAUUCUGGUGUUGAUUAAAGAACUGGAUGUAAAGCUGGUUCUGUGGGACCCAGCAGUGGAAGAAAAAAGAAACAUGGGCCUGAGAUCUCCAGACUCUUUCAAUGUGUCUCUUUCUCCCAUUAUUGCAGUCUUAUAUUAAAGCUGUUUUAUCAGAAUAAUCCAUCUUAAUCCUGUAAGUCUUUCCAGAAAUCUAACAGAUAAGUAAUUAAUGGAU